AUGGCAGACUUCCAGUUUUCCGACCAGAAGCUUUCAGAUAAAUUGGUGGAAUCAAUAUCAAAUCUCCUUGAUGCAGCGGGAAUCCCACAUCUUCUCUGGGGCAAUUUUCUGCUAGCCAUCUACGGCGUUCCCACCAUUGUCGAGGGCGUCUCCUUCAUUGUGCCCGACACUCUGAUCGAGAGAGCUGAAUCCAUCAUCGGUAAAUCCGGCUUUCUUCCGUGCCCACGACCAUCAGAAUGCCCGCACGAAGUUCCGCUGGUAUCCCCGCGAGCCGACGCACACCGUCAUAUCGACGAUGACCUUGCGAUAUCGCUAUUCCGGAAAUCUGAAAUCCUGUUGGAUUUUCCCGACCUCGAGAGCGCUUUCGGCAAUUGCAGUCCGGAUGUAAUGCACGCCUCCGACGAAAGGCUUCCGUCAUACACUAUAGGGCGCGGCCAAGGCCGUCUUAGGUUCAAGAGCUCCAUUCGGAUUCCCACAACCAUGAUGUAUACAGAAGCAAUCAUCACGUUGAUUUGUCGAGAUUGGCACACCAGACGUCAGGGUUAUUGGGUGGCAAUGUUAACCUACAUCAUGGAGUACGUCGACGGAACGGAUGCUAUGUUCAACAGCGAAGACCUAAAGGAUGGGUACAAAGAAUUCUAUUGUGCUGCCUCUCGAGUGGAUCGAACGAUGUGGCCUAUUCUGGAGGAACUGCGUCGCGAUUUGAUAGAUAGAGAGGUCAUCACCCUGGCGGAGGAUGCUGGGGACGAAUCCUGGUGA